UUUGUGUACACAUUAACCACUUUUUAUAGGCAUUAUUGUGUGUAUUAUUUUGCUUGCUUGCUUUGCAUUAUUUACUUGGAUUUUUCAGGUUUAGAGCUGGAAGGGGUCUUUGAGAUAAUUUAGUCCAAACUCAUUUUCCAGAAGAGGAAAUGGAAGCCUGGGGAGUUAACAGGAUUUACUCCAAUUCUCUGGGUUCUAAAAGCAUAAUUGGGAUUUGAACCCAAGUCUUCUGAUUCCAAAUCUAGUGUUCUUUUCAUCACACUAUUCCAUAGAAGCCUCUCCAUAUCUCUAUAGCUCUCAUAUUUACCAUCUUAAAUUGAAUCACAGGAUACAACACUAUCAUACUUCUAUUUAGCCACUCACCAACUCAUCAACAUUUUGCUCUUUGCUAAUUUUUUGUGGUUCUCCUCUGUUGGAAGACUGACUCCACAAACCUUCCUGGAGAAAGUGGCAGUCAUGUACAUGCAUUUGAAGGUGUGAGUGACUGCCCUGUGUUAUGUUGAUGCUGGUCUGCCAUGCUAGCCUGUCUGCCUGGGCCAAGUGACCUGUCCUUUCAGCUUCUCUCUCACACGCAGAUGAACACUGGACUUCAGAAAUGGGACACUACACAGAAAAUGAGAACUGCUCACUACCCCACCCCAGCCGAAUUGGAUGCGUAUGCUAAGAAGGUCGCCAACAACCCACUGACUAUAAAAAUCUUCCCCAACAGCGUAAAGGUUCCCCAGCGGAAACACAUUCGUCGUACUGUGAACGGACUUGACACGUCGACCCAGCGCUACAGCCCUUACCCGGUCCAGGCCACUGCCAAGGCCGGUCUGCUUGCCAUCGUCAAAGUGCCGGCCAAAAGCAUUGUCAAAGACUUUGACGGCUCCCGGGCCCGGCUGCUCCCAGAGGCCAUCAUGAACCCCCCGUCGGCCCCGUAUGCCGCACCUAGCACUUUAACCCAUCCCCAGGCCCAGGCCUUGGCCAGACAGCAGGCCCUGCAGCACGCACAGACACUGGCUCAUGCCCCGCCCCAGACGCUGCCACACCCUCAGGGUAUCCCACAGUCCCAGGCACUGUCCCAUUCCCAGAGCCUCCAGCAGGGCCUGGGCCACCCUCAGCCUAUGGCCCAGCCCCAGGGUUUGGCCCAUCCCCCAACCAUGGCUCACCAGGGCCUGCAACACCCCCCCAACCCCUUGCUGCAGCCAGGUUUGCAUGGAGGCCGGAAGAUGCCAGACGCAGACGCCCCACCGAAUGUGACCGUGUCUACCUCAACCAUUCCCCUCUCCAUGGCGGCCACUCUGCAGCAGACCCAGCCCCCGGACCUGAGCAGCAUCGUACACCAGAUCAACCAGUUUUGCCAGACGAGGGCAGGCAUCAGCACUACCUCAGUGUGUGAGGGGCAGAUCGCCAACCCCAGCCCCAUCAGCCGCAGCCUGCUCAUUAAUGCAAGCACUCGCGUGUCGACCCACAGUGUCCCUACUCCGAUGCCUUCCUGUGUGGUCAACCCCGUGGAGCACACUGUGGCCACAGCAAUGCCCACCACCGGUGCUGUCAACUUGCCUAUGGUGGGGAUCAAUCGGGCAACAGCAGGCUACUCUAGCGACCUCAAGCCCGUGGCCUGGAACCAGCACCAGUUGGCCCACUUGCAGCAAAUGUGCAGCGAAGCUGGUGGCAGCUCUGCCGGUGGCCUGGCGAGCAAGCUUCCUUCGGGGCGAGAAAUGGCGGGGCCGGGUUUUACGGGCAAGGCAUCCGCCUACCCACAAGAACUUUGCAUGGGCCAGGCCUUCCACCUGAAACCACCCUUGGAGAAGGCGACCCCGUCCCCGCCUGUCAAUGGCCCGGCAGCCCCACUGGCCUACCCCAAUGGGCAUUAUUUCCAACCCCUGUGGAACAACAUUCUGCCCACCCCCAACAGCGACAGCUCCGGGUCACAGGACCUCGCCAUGCCCUUCCAUGGUGGGCAGCCCGCGGGCGCACCCCUCGACUGUGCCGCUGCCGCCGGGGCCCACUAUCGUGCGGGUGCCGCAGCCAGCACAGUGCCUGGCCAGAGCAACUUGAUGCAAACAGUGGAUUACCUAAGUGGGGACUUCCAACAGGCCUGUUUCCGUGAACAGAGCCUGGCCAUGCUGAGCAAGGCCCACCGCCCCCCAGGCAGCCGAGCACCCGAACCUACAGAUAGUCGGAAUCUUCAUAUUCAGCACCCUGGUUAUAGAUAGGUGCCAUUGUGGUCGAGACACAGAAUGCACACAACAUGCACGCGCGCACACACACACACACAUACACACACACACGCGCACACACACAUAGGCUUAGUCUUCAUUUGGAGUGAAUUGUUUUUAACUUUCAUAACUCCUUUGUGACCUUUCUAUUUCACUGCCCUAUGGAGGACCGAGAUGAUCCGACAGUGUGGCACCUUUGUCCUUCGCCUUCCUGCCCGCCCCCACAGUGUCAGCCUUUUAGUUUCUGAACACAUCUCUAAGGCUUCUUGGUUUCACCAGCCAACCCCAGCGAGUGCCCUCCACAUACCCAUAGCAUGUCUUCUCUUCUCUCCAGAUUGCACAGUAGGCUCAACUGGCUUGUUUUUAGGCCCCCCAAACCCAACCCUGUUUUUCUUAAUACAGUGUUGUCCACCAUUUGAGCAUAGCCAGCAGGCUGUGAUGUCCCCCUACACCCAGUAUUUCUGAGCUUGACCUCUCUGCUUCCCUUCCCCUUUGAAAUUAAGGCAAGAUUUCUCAGACCCACUUACUGCUAGGCCUCAGCUUAGAUCCUCAGAAAACUCCAUUAACAUCCCACCCAGACAUGCAAUUCUGGUUUGACUUCAGGUCUCUGCCAGGAUUUGUGGUGGGCUUUUACCAUGCACAGAAGGUAUUCAAACACUGUUUGGUAAUGACCGUAAAUCUAUAAAUCCAAGACCUUCCACAAUCUGGUCUUAUUUUUGUGCCUGAUGCUUGUCCCUGGUCCUUCUCAAGAGCAAUGGAAGCAGCGCACUCCUUGGAAGAAGGAUCUGUUUGUCCCUUCCCUGGCCGGCUGACUAAUUUCACAUACAGCCUUCCUCACUGGGAUGAGGGAUGAUCACACUGGAGAUUUGCAACUAAAGCCCCUUCCCAUUGCAAAAAGUAAACUACAUUUGGUUCUUUCUCUGUCCACUGGCUAAGACUACUGCUCUACACUGUAAGUUUUAAUGUCAUAUUUUGUAUGAAUGUAGUGUGGGUUUGAGUAGCACUGUGUGUGAGCGGCCCCGAGGGCACAGCCACCCACUCACCACCUCUUGGCACAGCCCCUCAGUCUGAAGAAGGAAAGGAUGAAAAGGAAACAAACACACACAAAGCCUUAAGCUCUGAACUCUUUCUUUACCAAACAGGAGCAUGGUUUUAGUAUAUCUGGAGACCUACAGAUUUCAGAAAAAACUUUCCCUUGCCCUUCACCACCUUCAGCACACACGCAUGCACGCACACACACACACACACACACACAUACACACACACACACACAAACUCACCUUUUGCGAUCAAGUAGCUUCUAGUUGUCUAAAGACUUUAAAAAUGUUUUCGAUCACUGAAAACUUAGAUGACAUUUCUUUGUAACAAAUUCCGCGUUUCCCCCUGUGCCCUGCGCCCCCUUUGAGUUUUAGUCACCUAGUUGGGUAAUUGUUUUUUCUUUUCCCUCCUGUUUCUUUUAGAGUUUGAGUUUAGCCAUGUACCACACAGACCCUCCUCUCCCUCCUGUUCUUGCCCUUCUCUUCCCCCACUCCUUGCAUCUCGGGGUAAAUGUGAGCUGAUGACGUCCGUAUUUAAGAUUUGAGGGUUUGGGUAUGCUACCCACUGUUCUUUAGCAAGAAACUCCUUUAGUGAGCUGAAGCAAUGUGACUGAAGACUGGUUUUUAAAUUAUGUGUUGGCGAGUUGCCUUAUAUUUAAGAAAAGAAAAAAAGAAAAAAAAUGCCUGAUUGUGUUAUGCCAAAUGAUGAUAGCAACAUGAAGUCCUAAUUUAUUGUUUUUGAUUGUUCUCCUGCAGUCUGUGUGAAAACUGGUAAAGGCCCCAUCAGGGCUCACAGAAGCACUGGAGGCUUGUCUUUUGGUCUCUUCCAAUAUGUCUCCCUCUUCUCCCAUCCUUUGCUCUUUCACUGCCCCUGUCAAAGCCAGGUUCCAGUGUGUCCUGUCCCCUGUCUCCCCACCACCCCCACCCCAAAGCCUCCUUUAGGCACGCAAGAUCUUCCUAGAAGUUAAGAAAAAUCUUUUCCAGCUCUCCUUUGUUUUUCCCUCCCAGCCAAAACAAUAGGCUCAUACCCAUUUCAAGAAAUCUGACUGGAACUUAUCUCUUGGGCAUUAAAGCCAAACCAUCUGACUCCAGUCCUUUUCCUGGUGCAGGGAUGCAGGGGGCUGAACCACUUGGCUCCUUCAAUGUCUAUGGAUCAUGUACUGUGAACCCCCUGGCCCCCUCCUCCAGCCCCUUCUCUGGGGAUCAUGGAGAGAGCAGGCGAGUCUCUUCCCCCACCCCUAUCCCACCAGCAAUAAGGGUCCAACAUGAGGCUGCCUCACCCCCACCGUACCCUGGCCCAGGGAGAAAUGAACUCCCCACUAGUGUUCAUAAAUUGUAGCAUUACCUGCCUCCCCUCACCCUGCCCCCUUCACCUGGGGUGAUCAGUGGGUGUGGGUGUGUGUGGGGGGGUGACUUAAGAUUAUGACUAGUAAAAACCUAACCACCUGACCUUGUCCUUUUUAUUUAAUGCUGUGAAUGUUUGAGGUGGAUUUUAUUUUCUGGUUAGAACAGUUUCCAAUACGUCAGAUUUGUAGCCAGUUCAGGACAAGAGGUUCCCCUGGAGACAGCCCAGAUCACCCCUUUCCUCUUGGGGGAGGUCCUCAAAUUUUAGUCUCAUUAUUUUGCUUCUUCCACACAGAGACCCCCUCCUGUCCCACAACUACUGACAGCCCCAGCCUCCGGGGAGCCAUGGCCACGGCAGACAGAACAGUCCCCUGUCAGGGCUUUACUGUCACUGGGCUUCAUUUAGGGGAGCACCAUAUGACUGACCGGAGCCCCUCGAUGGUCCCAUUCCAGCACCUGUGCUGUUCUAGCCAAACCCUGGGUUCUUCAGGACAGACAGGUGACUCUGCUCCUGCCGGGGCGGGCCUCCCAAUGUGGACCCUGUGACAGCUGCUGUAAUCUCAUAAAAACAAACCCCUUCUGGUUAUAUGAAGCUGCUUCUCAUGUGCUACGGGUAUAAACUAGAAAACUUUUUUUUUUCCAUUUUGUCUGCAGGAAAAUUUAAAAAAUGAUAAUAAAAAAAAAGCAAAGCCAAAAA